AUGGCCUGGCCAAUAAUUAUAGGUAGAGAUUUGCUUCCUUCACUUAACGUUUAUCUUACGCACUUUAAGAAUUAUCUCUCUCUCACACAAUCCCCUCAGAGGGGAAUCGGAAUUCAGAAUCAGAAUUUACUAGAUGAAGCAACCAACGAAAUUUCUGCUAUUGAUGUUUAUGGAUUAGAAACUGAACUUGAUGUUGGUCCCACAUUAUCUUCAAAAGACUCCGCUAUUGUCUUAUCAAUUAUUAAAGAAAAUUAUCUUAACAAUUCUACUCAGUGUACUCAGUUAACGAAUUAUAAAAUGAAAAUUAACCUCACUCAUCAGACUCCUAUUUUCACUAAACCUCCAUCUAUGGUUCAUGUGGAUGCAUUAAGUCGAACUGAAGCAGUGGGUGCAAUUAGCGAAUUGGACCUUGACUUCCAGCUUCAAGUUGCUCAAUCGAGAGACCCUGCCAUUGACUCGAUGAAACGUAAGCUCGAAGCAGGUCCCGUUAAUGGAUUUGUCUUGCAAGAUGGGUUGGAAUUUCUCGAAUCUCACAAUAUAUCUCAUGUACUCAAUGCUACAGGCUCGCCCCAAGCGAAUGGCCAAGUAGAACGCGUUAAUCAGUUUCUUGAUUCCAAAACAACAGAUGUUAGUCGUGACCUUAAUCGUAUUCGUUCAGAAGCACAGGAAAACAUCAAGACAUCCCAAGCCCGAAAUGAGCAGUAUUUUGCAGAUAGGAACAAGCCAGUUCCUAAUUUCACUGAGGGAGAUUUAGUCGCUAUCAAAUAUACUGACACGAGCGGUGUCAACAAAAAGCUCAACUGUAGGUUUCGCGGACCCUAUGUAAUCCAUAAAGUUCUUCCCCAUGACCGAUACGUAGUUAGGGAUGUUGAGGGAUGCCAAAAUACACAAAUGGCCUACGAUGGCGUUCUAGAAGCUGAUAAGCUUAGGAGAUGGGCCAGCAAUAUGUAA